UAACAUACAUUUAGAGACUCAGGGAGAGAGAGAGAGACCGGGAGAGGGAGAGAAGGAAAGAGAGAGAGACAGAGAAAGAGAGAGAGAGAGAGGAAUUGGAGCAAACACAACAUGAGGAGCGCACUGAAAACAAGCCGCACUGUGUUCCCUGGCUCGCCCGUGCUGUGCGCGCACUAACCGGAGAGCCGUUUGGAGAAGGACCGGAGCCGAACGGACCGGCAGCAGCCGAUGCGCAAGGCGGAUUGUUGGACCCGAAUCUGUGUCGUGUGUGGAUUUUGUUCUCUUUAGACAAAUAGAGGCGUUUCAUCUCGCAGUCAACCGAAGAGAGGCAGACAGACGGAGCGAGAGCGAAGCUCCCCAAGAGACUGACACGCUGAGGUAGACGGGCUGACCUACAUCCUGCAGUUUGCAUGGAGAUCUAGGGCACUUCUCCGCCAGCGAAGCUUCAACAUCCAACAACAGAAAAGCGAGAGGAAAAGACUGAGACUGAGCUUCUAACGGUCUGGACACUGAACCAAAAAACUAAAAAAACAAGUGGAUAAAUGAGGGUUUCUAAUGCUGAGCUCCAGCUGUUCUUUAUCUUUCUGGAUUAUUUGGACACUUGAGUCCCCUCCUGUCAUAAACCUGCGAUAAACAGACAAAGAACCUUCAAAGUUGUUUUUUGUCACCAUCCCAUCCUCUCCUUUCACCUCUGACCUGGUUUUAUCUCCCCCAAAAAAAACAUUUCAAACUGGCUGCCACUAGACAAAUAUGGAAAAUCUGACUUCAGCUCUCAAGACAUUAAACAAAAACUCAGGGGAUAACCCUAACUGUGUUGAAAACUUCAGCAGUUAUGAAGAGUCUCUUCCUUCUGCCGAAGGGAGUCCAGCUCGCGUGGGAUGCCUCGCCAAGGGCAAACCCAGUAUGAGCUGCAGGCGAAAGCGCGAGUUCAUUUCGGAUGAAAAGAAGGACGCCUGCUAUUGGGAAAAACGCCGCAAAAACAACGAGGCUGCCAAGCGCUCUCGAGAGAAGCGACGUCUCAACGAUAUGGUCUUGGAGAACCGUGUCAUUGCACUGAACGACGAGAACGUGAGGCUCAAGACAGAGCUGCUGCAGCUGAAGCUGCGUUUCGGCCUCAUAAACACCGCUUCCUACAUCGAAAAGAGCCAGCAGAUCAGUGGAAGCAACGCGGGAAAUGGAGGCUCGUCCUCAUCCCCUUCUUCUUCUACGCAGUACUACUCCAGCGGUUACUCUAGCGGUUCUCAGGUGAUGAUGAACUCUGAUUCCUCAGAAACAGAGCAGUGUGGACGCAGCGAGGGCCACAGGCAGCUGGUGAAAUACUCACCGCAUGGCUCCCUCUCCGACAUGUCCGACGGCUCCUCCAGGGACAGCCCUGAGCCGAUCCCUUUCAAGAUCAAACAGGAAGGUGACAGGUUAGAGAUGGACAUUGCAAACAGCACCACCACGCAGAUCAUGUUCAACAUCCACCGUGGUCUGGCGUCUGUGCCUACUCACCACCAGAUCCAGCAGCAUUCUCAGGAGAUGGAGCCUGCUUAUCACAGCCAACGGCAGCACCAACAACAACAACAGCUCCAUCAGGAGCCUGUUAACACUGUCAGCCAGCCGGCACCUCACCAACCUGCUGCCCAGAGGAGCGUCAUUCUGUAUGGCUCCAGCACUGCCUCCUGUCCUGUGGAUGCACUGACGAGGCACCAGGAAAUCGAUCUGCAAGCAGCCCAGAAGCAGAGCAGCGGCAGCAGCCAGUCUCCUACAGAGAGCUCCACAGAGACACUGGCUGAGGUGACAAAGCAACUGGAGAAGAAGACGUUAGACUCGCCUCCGUAUGAGCUCUCAGAAAGCCGACAGGUGUACCGAGGUUGCCAACUUGCACAGCAGCAGGAGAGAGAUUCAUCUGCAGAGUUCCUCCACAAACAAGACGACGGGGUCAAUCACUCACACCUGUACCAUCAUCUGCAGCAGCCUCAUCAUUCAUACCUCAGUGCCCAAGAUGAAGAGCCACCUGUGCUUACCUACGAGGGGCAGCACGGCAAUGAGACUUACUACCGAGGCUCUUCCAGCAAGGACACGUCAUCCAUUGACGGGGAUCCCCGCAGCUCUGACAAAGAGGCCUCCACAGAUGAUGAAGAGUCCCCCUCAUCAUCUUGCUCAGAUAUGGGCAGCUACCACAAUCAGCAUCAUGCCAGCUUACACCACCCUGCUUCGCCUCUUCCAUCCUACCAGGGAUGCUCUCAGGCCCCGGGCCGGGAUCCCCAGGGGGAGGUGAAGGGCACAGCCUUGCCCCACAAACUCAGACUCAAACACCGGGCCAUGAGCACCGGGAGCAGCGGCAGCAGCAACUGCUCGGGCCAGGAAUCCCCCACAAGCCCUCCCUCUGCCACGCCACCUCCCCUGCCCCAGCACCCUUACUUGUCGCUCAUACCACAGCAGAACGUUAUGCGAGAGAGCCAGGCUGGAGGCUGUGGACAGGCAGCUUCAUCAUGGGAGGAGGGCAGGAAGGAGAGUGGGAAAAAGGAGACAGAUGGACGACGAAACAAGAGGCAAGAUUAGGUGACGUUUACAUGCCCAGUUUAGACCAAAGAUUUGAAGACGAGACAAGUUGAAACUUGCAAAUUCUUGCAAUGCGCCGGUAUGCAACUUUCUGAAACUUGCCAGUUUACACCAAUGAGACGACACAAGCGGUGCAUCAUCUGCAUAUAGCAACAUCUCUCUCUGUACAUCCAUUAUAACUUCAGACUUUCAGUUUUUUUUCCCUGAAUAUAAUUUGUAGCAUUUUCAACUGAAAGUGAGUGUGAGAUACAGUUGAAUUCCUAGUGCUCGACCACAUAUGGCUCAUUUUAUUUUUAUAGUAUGUAGCUGACUUUACAAACUGCUGACUUUUCUAUUGGCUGGUUAAACAGGUGACGUCUCUUACGUUCUGAAACCAGCCUCUCCGGUUCAAACCGCUGUAACUUUUGCCCGCAACGUUCCUAAACGGUUUUGCCUCGUCGCAAAUCUUUGGUCUGAACUUGGCUUCAGAACUUGUCACAACAAAAGACAUAAUUUCUCCUCUGAGAACUACCCUGCCAUCAUGCCUUUGCCCUAGGAUCAAAUCCUCUACUUGAGCCCUCUGGACAGGAAGCUGGGCUUUUGUACUCCCCCUAUCAAAUCCCCAGUGUCACCAAAAAAGGCUGGACAUCUUGUAGGGCUGUAUCAUAUUUGUAUAUAUUGUACAGAUUUGUCAUUUCUUACAACCUCUCCAUACUUACAGAAGCACUUUUGUUUAUGUGAUGAGAGGAGGAAUGGAACUACCUGCUUUUCUACUUUUGUCAACAAUACAACAUUUAGAUCACUUACAGUACAAACACGAAUGUAGGAAAAGGAAAAGUUUUGAGCUUUAUCAGUACUAUAAAAUUGGUACAUAUCUGACUGUAGACAAACAUACACAUGUAUGGCUAUCUGCCUUAAUUAAAAUCGAAUGCAAAUGUUCUCUGGGGACCUUUCCUCGACCAAAGAAGCACCAACACUACAAAUAUCAAGUUCCAUACCUCUUCCCAGACCCUACCUCUACGGACCCAUCCUCUCCCCAACCAUCUCCAUUGUUUCACAAAAGAUUGCCAUCACCUUUAUUUUUUAAGCACUUGGUUUGUAUAUUACUGUGAUAUAUGAAUAUAUGUAUCUAUUAUAAAUAUAUAUUUUACAAAGAAAUUUGAAUACAAAUUCAACAAAAAUGUGACAAACCUACAACGGUAAAAGAGGGUUUUUGGAAAGUGACCAUCCUAUUAUGAAUCAUAAUUACUGUACAGCCAAUACAGUCUCACUCCCAGCGCGCCAAAGAAACCAACACAUGGGCACGGGCCUUUGGUGUUAGUUACUGAUGCAAAAAGUCUCCUUAAGCAUCUCCAGACUGAUCUCUUGAAGUGGUGUAUGUAUGACACGACAAUUCGGAUGCCAUUAUUGGCGUGUUAUCAAGACGCAUACUCCC